ACCCGUCUGUCAGUGCGUCUGUGGCCGGUCGGUAACUCCAGCUCCUCCGCUUCUUCUGCUUCACUUCACUUCCACCGAGAACCAACAGCCAUCAUGAGGGAGAUCGUGCACAUCCAGGCCGGACAGUGCGGUAACCAGAUCGGUGCAAAGUUCUGGGAGGUGAUCAGCGACGAGCACGGCAUCGACCCAACAGGAACCUACCAUGGAGACAGCGACCUGCAGCUGGACAGGAUCAGUGUGUAUUACAAUGAAGCCACUGGUGGGAAGUACGUGCCCAGAGCCAUCCUUGUCGAUCUGGAACCAGGCACCAUGGAUUCAGUCCGCUCUGGACCCUUUGGGCAAAUCUUCAGACCUGACAACUUUGUCUUUGGUCAGAGUGGAGCUGGAAACAACUGGGCCAAAGGCCACUACACAGAGGGGGCAGAGCUGGUGGAUUCAGUCCUGGACGUGGUGAGAAAAGAGGCAGAGAGCUGCGAGUGUCUGCAGGGUUUCCAGCUCACACACUCCCUGGGGGGAGGCACAGGCUCCGGCAUGGGCACCCUGCUCAUCAGCAAGAUCAGAGAGGAGUAUCCAGACCGCAUCAUGAACACCUUCAGCGUGGUGCCCUCCCCUAAGGUUUCAGACACGGUGGUCGAGCCGUACAACGCCACGCUGUCAGUGCACCAGCUGGUAGAAAACACAGACGAGACCUACUGCAUUGACAACGAAGCUCUUUAUGACAUUUGCUUCCGCACUCUCAAACUCACCACGCCUACCUACGGUGACCUCAACCACCUUGUUUCCGCCACCAUGAGCGGUGUCACCACUUGCCUGCGUUUCCCCGGCCAGCUGAACGCCGAUCUGAGGAAGCUGGCAGUCAACAUGGUGCCCUUUCCCCGUCUGCACUUCUUCAUGCCCGGCUUUGCCCCUCUGACCAGCCGGGGGAGCCAGCAGUACCGCGCCCUGACGGUGCCCGAGCUCACCCAGCAGGUGUUUGAUGCCAAAAACAUGAUGGCGGCUUGCGACCCUCGCCACGGGCGCUACCUGACGGUGGCCGCCGUGUUCCGUGGCCGCAUGUCCAUGAAGGAGGUGGACGAGCAGAUGCUGAACGUCCAGAACAAGAACAGCAGCUACUUCGUGGAGUGGAUCCCCAACAACGUGAAGACGGCUGUCUGUGACAUCCCGCCACGCGGCCUCAAGAUGGCCGUCACCUUCAUUGGCAACAGCACAGCCAUCCAGGAGCUGUUCAAGCGCAUCUCUGAGCAGUUCACCGCCAUGUUCCGCCGCAAGGCUUUCCUCCACUGGUACACCGGCGAGGGCAUGGACGAGAUGGAGUUCACAGAGGCCGAGAGCAACAUGAACGACCUGGUGUCUGAGUACCAGCAGUACCAGGAUGCCACGGCCGAGGAGGAGGGAGAGUUUGAGGAAGAGGUGGAAGAGGAUGCCUAGAAAAAAAAAGAAACAAACAAAAGUGAUGAAA